AUGGCCGUUCCAGGGUACUAUGAACUGUAUCGUCGUAGCACGGUAGGCAAUAGUUUGGUGGAUGCGCUUGAUACGCUCAUCAGCGAUGGGAGAAUCGAAGCUUCGCUGGCGAUGCGUGUGCUGGAAACGUUCGAUAAAGUAGUGGCCGAGACGUUGAGGGAUAGUACUCAAUCCAAGCUGACUGUCAAGGGGAAUCUGGAUACCUACGGGUUUUGCGACGAUGUGUGGACUUUCAUAGUGAAAAAUUGUCAAGUUACGGUGGAAGGUGUUGCUGGUGGGAAUCGUGGCAACGAUGAGUCGCAGACGACAGUGUCUGUCGAUAAAUUGAGGAUAGUGGCAUGUAAUUCGAAGAAGAGCGAAUAG